GCAGGCGUGGUGACGUCAGAGGGGAUUCGACAUGACGUGUUGCGCGUUGACGUCGGAAGGGUCUUUGCGCUCGCGCUGCUGCCUGGAGACGGGAGGCCGGAGGCGGAGAGACACCGAGGGGCAAGAUAAGAAAAGGGAAAUCUCUAUGGAGCAGGAACAGGACAAGAGCAAACCACGAUCAAAGAGACCAGACAAAGCUUUGUAUGUUCCCAGAGCUCGGCGUCACUUAAGCACGGAGCAGCAGCAAAGUUGUGAUCCCAAUCUAGAGGGAGAAGCCCAAAAGGUGCUCACAAAUACUGUAAUUGCAGCUGUAAGUGUAUUUCCUUCCAAUAACAUGCGAAUGCCUCAUGAGUGGAUCCACACACAAAGCAACUUACUUCAUAAGGAAGAAAGUCAAGGAGAGCACAGCAACAAAAAUUUCAAAAAGAGGCAAACUGUGAACUCUGUUCGAGAAAGGAAGUCAGGUGAAGGAAACAGAUUGGAAUCAAAGCACUUAAAAGAAAAGAAAGCAAUCCAGCAGAAGUGUAGGGCAGGAUCAAACAGUAGUAAAUUGCACAGCAGAGAGAAAGAACUGAUGCAUAAAGAAGCAAUGUCACAAAGAUGUAGUAAUAUUGAUGUAGCAGCAAACAGUUUACUUGAAGUUACCAGCUCAAUUGCUGACAGUAAUGGAGAAGGAAUGAGAUCCAAUCACACAGAAAUCCAAACCCCUGCACAACAGAUUACUGCAAAUAUAUCUAGUGAUGAACAGUCAGAACACAGAAAUGAUGACAGACUCAAUAAUGCAGAUUCUGUUGUAAGUGCACAUAAGACUGAUAUAAACAAAUCUCUCCACCUAAAAGCUGCCUCUGGUGUGAGCAGAAGUUGUGUUUCUGACAGUUUCCUUCAGCCAAAUGAACUGGUAUCCUCUAAAUUAACCAUCUGUAAAUGCUCAGAUGCUGUGAAACAUACUGUAUUAGAAUGCUCAGAAAGUGUAAAUGAGGCACAGAAGAUGGAAAGAAGCAGUAGACAAUAUUCAUGCACUGAAGCAGCUGAACGAGACAGUUCUUACAAGGUAUUUGCUGUGAACAAUGCAACAGAGCAUGAAACUAGGAUAGAUAAUGACUCUUUCUCUCAGGGAACUGAGAAUAUGUUUCUAAAGGAGAACGUUGUUAGUCUACCCACCACUUCAUCUGGAAAUGUAGUCUUCACAAAUCCCCCAAGUUUUGAAUUUGUUGCUCUUUCAACCAUACAAGAAGUGCAACAAGGAACUGAAAAGGCUGGAUCCUUAAUAGAAAAAGACAACACUGCAAUCGACCCAACAGACAGUAAACCUGUCAGCACAGACCGAGAUGCUGAAAUCGGUGUUGUUUUGCAAAGUGUCAACCAAAUCUCACUAGCUUCAGACCAACUACCUACUGGUACAGAUGAAACUGAGUGUGUUAAAGCAGCAGUUCCUGAAGAAUCAGAGGCUGUCACUUGGGAUGCCCUUUUCAAUGAUGAUGGUGAUUGCCUGGAUCCUCAUCUCCUCGAAGAGCUAACCGGUAAUAGCAAGCCCAAGAAGAAUAUUCAGGAUCCUUGUUUCAACUAUUACAACUACCAGCCAGCAGAGCCAGACAUUGAUGAUUCGGAAUUUUCACACAUUGUCGAGAUCUAUGAUUUUCCUGCAGGAUUUAAGACUGAGGAUUUGCUGCGAGCUUUCUCCAUUUAUCAGAAGAAAGGAUUCGAUAUCAAAUGGGUGGAUGACACGCAUGCAUUAGGCUUGUUUUCAAGUGCAAUUGCAGCACGUGAUGCAAUGAGUACCAAGCAUCCAAUGCUGAAGACUCGACCUUUGUCACAAGCAUCUAGAUCAUCGAAGGUCAAGGCUAGAAGCUGUGCAGAAUUUCUCUUACCUGCAAAGGAACGCCCUCAGACAAGUGCCAUGCUCGCUAGAAGGUUGGUCAUUGGAGCACUUGGUGUGAGAAGCAAUCAAACCAAAGCAGAGCGAGAAGCUGAACGUAAAAAGCUGAAGGAAGCAAGGGAGCAGAAACAGCUUGCAGCACAGCAGAUUGAAGAUGCUUGGGAAGGAAGGUAGCCCAAGAAAUUAAAGUGAAUUGGACAGCAGAAAUCAGCAGUGUUCUCUUCACUCUGACCUCCUCAGUAUGAAAGUACCAGAGCCUAUCGCACUGAGAAGAGGCUUGAAUGCAAUGCGUGCUUUAAGACAUAAUGCUUUGUGUUGCAUUAUCUGCACAGGGGAGAUGUUUGAAAGCCUGUGAGAAGAACUGCGCAGCUUAUAAUAGAAAGUCAGCUUGCAAGACCUGCAAGAUGUGUGUAUUUUUGGUGAAGUCACUGUACUACCAUGUGCUGACGAUUCUUUUAAGUCUGUUUUUAAGGCUCUUUCUCUUCUUUAACUUAUCGAACAACUAAUGUAGACCCUUGGACACCAGCUAACAGAUUCUUAAGUAUUUUAAGCAGUAACUUUUAUUCCAGUUCCUUGUGUGUUUUUGUUACACUAAUUUAGUCAGUGCGGAUUGAUAUUUUGAAUCUGACAGCUGGAACUCCUUAAGGAGGAGUUGAAUGGGAAGAGUUGCAGAAUGUCUCUGGUUUACUGGGCCAAUUGGCCUUCCUAACUGGCAAUUCUGAGAGCGCUUGGAAUGUUUUCCCUGUUUCCUUACCUUCUGUUUGGAUGCUGCAGACAAUAUCUUGUCUUUAUGCGGCAUUGGGAAGUUUGUGAUUUCUCCUCCUGGUUUCACCUACCUUCUAUCCCGAAUGUGGAAUGAUCCCAAAUCUGUGGGGUACAGUCAGCAGUGAUCCCUACAUCUAUUCAUAUAUCUCUACUGCCUGCCACCUUUAUCUGCCUUUAGUCAAUAGUUUAAAGUUUUAAAUCUUUUUAAUCGACUUCUUCAGGGAUGUUGUGACACACCUCUGGAGCAGGUAGGUCUUGAACCUGGACUUCCUAUUCCAGAGGUGAGAACAUUAACACUGCACCAUUUGCACUCACUUAAGGUUUCAUAUUUAAACAGUAAAGGCAGCUCAUCUGAUUGCAGUUGAUUGGAAAAUCUAGACUUCUAAAAGCACUCCUGAUGUGUAUCAUUUUCACUUGAAUUUACAUGCCUGGCUUCAACAAACUGUACAAAAAGACAAGUUACUUGGGUUAUCUUUGGAAAUUAACAAUAUUGGAGUUUUUGGUCAACAGUAAUUUGGAAGCGACUCAAUGUGAUAUAAUCUUAAAGAAUCUUGACACAAAAGCAUUAAGUUUUGAAAGCUUUUAGCGAUGACAUUGUGGGGACGUUCAGCAUUUAUGAUAACAUGAUGCAGCAGCUAAACAGUGAGGGCUGAGACAGUACUACCAGUUGAGUUGCUGAGAUAUGAAUCUUGAACAUUUCCUUCCUCUUCCUCCUCAGCCAUUCCAAUAAAAUAACAAACAAGGAGUUGUGAAAGGUGCGAUAUAAAUGCUCGUCAUUAAUUUGAUUCAUACUGCUUAAUUACAUUUUGGGAUAUUAAUGCAUAACUGAAUAGUUUAAUAAUAGAAUUAGACCAUAACAUAAAGGGAAUUCCCCAAACCAGUAUUCCCUCAUAAAACCAAAGUCCUUGUUGACAUUCACUGAUCUCUUCUACUAACUUACUUUCCUUUUUAUUACACAGUGUGAGGGCCCUUAUGGUGCGAUGGUAAGUGCCCUUUCCUCUGAUCCAGGAGACCUGGGUUUCAACUCCCACUUGCUCCAGAUAUAUGUGGUAACAGCUUUGAUCAGGCUGAUUAAAAAUUAUCUACAGAGAGAUGCCACAUACAGUUUAUUUGUCGCAUUGUAGGGAAUCACCCAAGUAAUUUGCAGAAUUGGGAUCAAAAGCUUGAGUUGAUAAUACUUUGAAUUUGUGGUACACGCUCAAGGCCAUUUUUGUACAGUGACCGAGUAAGUCAAUUUAGUUAUUGCUGUGAGAUUUAUUUUUAUAAUCCGUAUUUCUCUGUGAUUCUGUGUACUUUACUGUGAAACUCUAAACAAAGUGUCCUAGGGAAUAGUGUGUUGCUGAAGACAAAUCUAGUCAUUAUUAAGUUAGUGAUGCGAGAACCCAAAGAGACUUCUGUGUGUUUUUAGUAUCUUCACUGGAUCAUCAGCUCAAUACUAAAUUUAAAUUUCAGUCCCUAAUUUGUAAGAUGAAUUGCUGACUGUAAAAUCUGGGGUGUUCUUAAGGUGCCCUUAAAUUAAAUAUACCUAUUUGUAAUUG